AUGAAAGAAAUGGAAGCUCACAUAAAAUUGAUCGAAAAAGGAACUAUUAAUCGAGCUUCUAUACUAAUGCUUAUGACACCAUUGUGUAAUUUUGUGGAACGGCUCGAAAUGGAAUUAACAAAUACAAGGAACCUUCUUACGGACAUUGAAGCUCGUCAAGCUGAUCUAAAUAAAGAAAUCGAACAUGUGGAGAGUGUGAGCAAAAUUCUGAACAAACAUGGCAAUGAAUCCAAGCAAAAAUGA